AUGCAGUGUAUGGGCACAAGUUACGAGGGAUGUGAACUGAAUGGAAGAAUGGAUGACCCGGACGCCAUUUAUACCUUCCCAAGCUACUUUGCGAGCGAAUACCACGGUGGCUUUCAAGAUGGCAUGUUUCAAGGGGAAGGAAAGUUAAAGUUCCCAGGAGGCGUAAACUACAUCGGAAAAUUUGAAAAAGGCAAGGCAGUUGAAGGAUACUUUGAAUUUGCAGAUGGGCUUCGAAUGGAAAUGGACAUCUGGAAUUACUGCGAUGGCGACGUCGACAGAGUUUUCAAAUCUGAGGAUGAAAAUGGAAUAAAACCGGGAUACUUUGAAUUUGCAGAUGGGCUUCGAAUGGAAAUGGACAUCUGGAAUUACUGCGAUGGCGACGUCGACAGAGUUUUCAAAUCUGAGGAUGAAAAUGGAAUAAAACCGGCUGGUCGAUCUCAACUGACCAAUCAGGAUCCACCUCAGACCAUACCGGAAGGAAUGUACGACUGUGGUGAUGGGUUUUAUGACCCAGUCACAAGGAAGGUUGUUAACUAUGACUUCGUCUUUUUACGCAACACUGAUGAAAAAGAACACAACUGGAUUAUAAACCAUUGCAGGAAGGCCUGGGACGAGCCAGUCGGCACAAGAAAAAUUCACUAG